UCUGAUGAACCGUACAGUCUUUAUGUCACAAAGUCAACCACACUGUGUAAGGACAAGGGGCUGCUCUGAUCACCUGGUCCCUUUAAGGAGGAAGCUGGGCUGCUGUUGGAGCUGGUGGUUGAUCAUUUACAGGCAGUCUAUUUAUUUUGCUCAGUGAUGCAGCACAGACACCACUUCACCAACUACUGUCUGCUGCUGCAUCUGAGUCAGCCAUGAAGACGAACCAUAGAUCUAAUUUCAGGUCACGUUGCCAAUGCGGCCAUCUUCUCUGUCAGGGGUCGGCAGGUCAGGGCUAUGACAGGUCAUCUGGGUCAUCUUUGGUGUGCGCACCGGAGCAGUCAACAGUAAUGUGUAUGAUUUGCCGAAAGGAAUCUGCAGAAUUAGGGUCAAGCACCAGUUACAGAGACUCACAUUGUCCGGUCUGUCUGCAGACUCCCAGCUUUCCCGUGCAGACCAACUGUGGCCACUUGUUCUGUGCUCCUUGUCUGAUCACCUACUGGAGACACGGGUCAUGGUUGGACGCCAUUAGCUGCCCACUCUGCCGACAGAAGGUCAGCGUGCUGUGUCACCUGUUUAACGAGAGCCAGUCAGACCGACAGUCGAAGGAAGUUCUCGGGGAAAUCACUGAAUACAAUAGAAGAUACUCAGGAGAACCACGGCGGAUGACAGACUACCUGUGUGACGCAUCCCUUCUCCUGCAGCUAAUGGCACGAGGCCUUGGCACCAUGGGCGGGCUGGUUUGGCUGUUCUUCUUCAGAGUGGUUUUGUGCUGCGUGGGGACUGUAAUGUCCAUCUCCUCUCCUCCUCUGGAGACAGUUUCAUCAUCAUCUUCAUCAUCAUCAUCAUCAGCCAUACAGUUAGACUCUGAUCCUUCCCUCUGUGGGCUGCUGGGAGUCCUGGACGACCUGGUGGUCGUCAUACUGCUAUUAAUGUGCGUUAUUAACAUCAACCAGCAGAUGGUGUCGGAGAGAGGACCCUCGGAUAACACCACCACCACCACCACUCAAGGAAUGAUGGGAAACUCACUGUAGAGUGGACACUAACUAUUGGACACUAUCAUGUGAUUUUGUAUCAAAGCCACAUUAACUUUGUCAGUUGUUUACAGAGACUUUUAUAGAGGGAUUUUUUUAACACAUUGAGUCUAAAAAAAAAAAUCAGUACCUAUCGACUCUUAAUUGGAUGAUUACCUCUAACGAAUUAUUUGUUUACAUGACAUUUACUUGUUAUUAAAAUACAUUUUAACAAACAUCCGACAGCCAUUCAUCCACAACAGAAACCACUGCCUUCUGGAACUUGGGGUCAAGGGUCAUAGAUCUAUUUGGAUGUAGAUUAGAAGUGAUCUGGCCUGUAUUUCAGAUCCAAAGACGACCCACCUACAGCACUGCGGUCACCAAACCACAGCAACAGUUAUAGCUACAUUUCCAUUGUGUGAAAUAAUUUGUAAAUAAAGACUAUUUAUUGCUUUAA